AUGAAUUUCCUACGUAAAAACACUGCAAAUUUUUGUAAAAGCAAGGCUUUAAGUAGGCACCUGAACAAUACAGGUAAUAAGUUUACAAAUUUAAGUAAAAGAAAAUUUUCCCAUGUAACCUCUUGUGGAAAUUAUGGUCAAAAGUUACAAACAAAUUUCAGCAAAUUUAAUGGAAGAAGAUUUGCUUCAAGUGAAGCUCAAAAAUUGUCAGAAGUUGUGAAAGCAGAGGUGCAGCAUGAAAAAUCGAACUAUGAAGCACCAGAAAAUAUUAAGAAGUUUUUACAAACAUCAGGAUGGAAAUUUGAAGAACAGGAAGGAGAUGUUAACAUGGUGCUGACCAAAACUGUGGAUGGAAUGAAAAUUAUCAUUGACUUUCAACUUGUGUCUCCAUUUCAAGCAGAAGGAGAAAAUGAAGCUCAAGCAGAAAUGACUGAUUUCUCAGUAACAGUUGAAAAACCAAAUAAGCAAGGGGGUAUUACUUUUUAUUGUACUACCUUGCAGAAUGAUGAGAAAUUUAGAUAUAUGAUAGGAAACGUCAAAUACUAUAAAAAUGAAGAAGGAAAAAACUCUGUAUCAGCUUAUAAUGGACCAGAAUUUGAAGAUCUAGAUGACUCUUUACAAACUUCACUUGAUGAAUGGUUAGCUAAUUUAGGUGUAGAUUCAGAAUUGUGUGAUUUUAUUGAUUCAUGUAGCAUUGAUAAAGAACAAAGAGAGUACAUGUUAUGGUUGCAGAACAUUUCUAAUUUUAUUGAGUCCUAG